AUGACAAAAUGCGCUUUACUCGAGACGGACCACGGCUCUGAUCACUGCGCCAUUGAGUCCGUGUUCGACGCCCAGUGGUCGAGCCCAAAGCACCAUGAGCGUCUUUUACUGAAGAAUGCACCAUGGAAGGAGAUUAACGCCCGAAUUCAGAAGGCUCUAGUCUCCCUUCCGUCGGAGGGCACGGUGCAGCAGAAAACCGACCGACUCAUGUCAGCGGUUUCCGAAGCGGUGCACGCUUUGACCCCGAGGGCGAAACCAUCACCACAUGCGAAGCGAUGGUGGACAGGUGACCUCACUCAACUCCGUCAUAUAUACACGUACUGGAGAAACCUUGCUCGCUCCGAGCGACGGGCCCGGCGAAAAGUGCCCCGGCUCGAAAAGAUGGCGCAGGACGCGGCCCAACAAUACCACGAUGCCAUUCGCAAACAAAAGAAGAAGCACUGGAACGAGUUUCUCGCAGACAAUGACAACAUCUGGAAAGCCGCCAAGUACCUCAAGUCGGGAGACGAUGCCGCGUUCGGGAAGAUUCCGCAGCUCCUCAGAGCCGAUGGAACUACUACGAACGAUCACAAGGAGCAAGCGGAGAGCUGA